AUGGAGGGUCUUUUACCUUUGAUUUUAAGAGUAAUCAGAAAAAGCAAAAGUCGCAAGAAAUACGAAUGUCUUUCAACAGGUGCAGCUCUACGUUACAACGAGUUUCCAGGUUUCCAUGGAGAACCAGGAUAUAAUUCAAGGGUUGAUGGUGAUCAAUACGCAGAAAAAAUCAUCGAUUUUCGAAGAUAUAAUUCUAUUUCAGAAUUCACUUCUUCGCCUAAGCAAAUAAACCGUUCUCGUUCUGGUGUUGCUGACUCGAAGGAAUUCGAAAAUGAUAUGCUUAUUGAUGUUGCUAUGCAAAAAAUUAAGGGGUUGAUUUCGUAUUUUGAGGGAUAUAGAGAAACAUGUUUUUAUAAGGUAUUGAUUAACGCUAAGGAAAUUGCGGUGGAAUUGAAUAUUGCCCCAAUAUUUCCUCAAAGGCGUAUAAUUAAAAGAAAAAGGCAAUUUGAUGAGAAUUUGAAUAUCCCAUCAGUCGAGCUAUCAGAAGAAGAAUCAUUCAGGGUUAAUUAUUUUCUUUACCUUGUUGAUCAAGCUGUUGUUUCUCUUAAUAAGAGGUUUGAGCAAUACCAAGAGUAUGAAAGUAUUUUUGGUUUCUUGUUUACUUCUCACAAGUUACAAUCAUUAGAUGAUACAACUUUGAAGUCUUGUUGUACUAACUUUGAGCAGGCAUUGAAACAUAAUGAGCAAUCUGAUAUUGAUGGGAAUGAAUUUUUUGCAAAGUUGAAGUUACUAAGAGAAAUGUUGUCUGAAGAAACCAUAAGACCUACUGAUAUAUUAUUAUUUUUAAAAGGUUUGGAUUGUUUUCCUAAUACAGUUAUUGCAUAUAGAAUCUUAUUGACUAUUCCUGUGACAGGUGCUUCUGCAGAAAGAAGUUUUUCAAAAUUGAAGUUGUUAAAGACUUACUUGCGGUCUACUAUGUCACAAGAAAGGCUUAAUGGAUUGACAUUAAUAGCUAUUGAAAAUGAUAUUUUGGAGACAAUAAAAUAUGAAGACUUAGUUGACGAUUUUGCUUCAAAAAGUGUUCGUAGGAAGGCUCUUUUUAUGUAG